AUGUCGUGGCCAACGCUCAUCGCCCUCCCGCUCGGCCUCCCUGCGCCCGCCGGGCCAGGGCUCCGCUCGCCGUCGCGGUCACGAGUGCCAGGCGGUCUCCGCUCGCAUCUGGUGCUCUCGCCGCAGCCGCUGGGCGCCGGCGCGCGAAGGGUCCUGCCGCCGGUUCCGGCCGCCGGCCGUGAGCCUGGACCUGGCGAUGGCAACGCGGUCGUGCCGGAUCACGCGGCGCUCGAUGCGCUUGCCGAGGCCUUUGAGCUCGUUCUCGUGGAUGGCGCCGGGAAGCCUGUGGCGUCGUCGACAGCUGCUGCGCGUGUGGCGGGAAGGAGUGCGGGCGGGAGGCCACUGACGUCGGGCCACGACGCGCUUGUUGUCGUGGCCGCCGAGUCGGCGCACCACCCGGUCCAUUCUGCGACGCAGGCGCUGGAUCUAGCUGGACUUGGCGUCUCUGGCGCAGUUGAGCUGUGGACGGGCGCCUCGUUUGACGGCGAGGCGUUUGCGGCGCAUGCAACGGCGUCGCGACAUGCGCUCGAGAGCCACGGGCGGGGCGGGCACUCGGUGCUGGCGUUUGUGCCGCCGGCUCACGUCGACGCCUUUGCCACUCGCUACGAGUAUCUCAAGAACAGGGUCGGGCUUGCAGUCAUCGAACUUGUGACCAAGCUCUCGUCGCGUUCAGUGGCGAGCGAGAUCCGGCUUGACAAGGUUGUGGUCGAGCUCGGCAUUCGCGAGCGCGAUGCCUUUGCCGGGCGCGGGCUUAGCGAGGGGCUUGGCGACAUAAGCAUAGAAGAGGAGCUGGUGCGGAAGGCCGAGCUCCGCGAGGCACUGUUGGCCGAGCAGAAGGCCGAGAAAGCGCGGCGCGAGAUGCUGUUCCAGAAGGAGCUUGAGCGGGCGCGGUCGGAGAAGAAGGAGCUGGUGCGGGCGACCGAGGAGCACGCGUUGUUGGCGCUGUCGAUGAGCGAGAACGCAGACCUCAAGCAGCGGCUGGCGGCCGUCGAGAAGAUCAACUCUGAUCUGGAACAGCUGUCGAGCUCAGUGGCCGGCGAGGCCGAGCGCAACCGGGAGCUGAUGGAGCAGUGGUAUGACGCCUUUGCGCACCAUCAGGAGCUGUUGGAAAAGGCCAAGGACGAGAAGAAACGGUCUGUGGCGCUGGAGAAGCAGCGCGCCGAGCGCGAGCGCAUGGAGUUGAAGCUGAAGGCACUGAAGGAGCGGACCGAUGCUCAGCGGGCGCUGGCGCGCGCCAAGGAGGAGCAGCGCGAGCGGACCGCCGAGGUCCGCCGCAUUGCAGCCGAGAAGGCGCGGAUCGAGGCUGAGAAGCGCGAGGCCGAGAAGCGGGCCGAGGUCCAGCGGAGAAAGCUGGAGCGUCAGCUUGAGCUCGAACUCGAGGCCAAGAGCCAGCUGUCGACGUCGAUGACUCGGACAGUGGGUCGGGUGUUCAAGCUCGCCCAAGACGACCUCAAGCUCCGCAAAAAGUCCGAGGAGCGCUCGACCGAGCUUGCUGCUGCCAUGCAAGCCGAGAAGGAGCGCAAGUUGGAGAUCGAGGCGCGGAUGGCAGCGUACCAGGAAGAGAUUGUCCAGCGCGACGAUGCCCGCGAGCAACUGCUGCAGCUCAAGGUCGAGAUCGGUAUUGCAGUCACCAACCACAAUUAUGUCAAGAAGCGGCACGGGCCGCAGGGAGAGCUCAUCAAGGACGUGACCAAGGCUGUCAAGAUUGUCUCGGUCCACGAGGGCGGCCCGGCCGAGAUUGCCGGCCUCCGUGCUGGUGACAUUGUGCUCAAGGCCGGCAACAUUGAGGUCGUUGACCGCACUGCUUUUCUCCACGUCCAGCACGCCGCCUUUGUGGGCGAGACUGAGAUCUUCCGCGUCAUCCGCAAGGGCACACCACUCAACAUCCGCGUCCAGUAUGGCGCUGUCGGCAAAACGCUCGACGAAGUCAUCGAGCUUCGCGACCGGGCUGGCGAGGCUUGGUGCGAAGCGCGCGACUCGGCCAUCGACGACGUGUCUGAUCUUGGCCGGCAGCUGCUGAUGCUCCAGCAGAGCCACGAUCAGUAGAGUAGAAUAGUAUCUG